GCAGCUGCGGAUACAUGAGCGGGGCAGGGGUGGCGGCUGGGCAGCGACCCCCCAGCUCGGGGCUCCAGGGCUCCCUGGGGGCAUCGCGCCCGCGCCAGCCCCAGGUCCCCCAGCACUCGUGGCAGCACAGCGCGCAGCUCGGGUUCAGCGAGGCGCAGAAGCGGGUACUGGACCUGGAGAAGAGCCUUCAGUUCCUGCAGCAGCAGCACUCGGAGACACUGGUCAAGCUCCACGAGGAGAUUGAGCAUUUGAAGCGGGAGAACAAGGAGCUCCAUUACAAGCUAAUAAUGAAUCAGAAGCUACAGAAGAGAGGUAGCACCUCCAAUUCCAACUUUCAGUCCGUCAAGUCCAUCUCAAAUUCAACGGUGUCAGCCAACUCUCAAGGCAAGGCCAGGCCUCAGCCCAGCUCCAAGAAGCAAGACUCGAAAGUGGAGAUUCCCCAGAAGACGGAUCUGGAAGAGAAGCCCCUGGUUGCUGCCCUGCUUCACAGCAGCAAGCUGGACAAAGCCUCUGGGGCGCAGGGGCUGUCCAAGGACGAAGACGUGAAGACCUUUAAUCCAGAGGCUGCGUCUGCGGCGGGCAGCCAGCACAAGGGCAAGCAUGUGAUGGGGGCGCCCCCCCUGAUGAGCCUGCCCCCCCACUUGCGCAAACUCACCUCAGUUCAGCAGUGUGAGGUAAUCAUCCGCCAGCUGUGGAAUGCCAACCUCCUGCAGGCCCAAGAGCUGCAGCAUCUCAAGUCUCUCCUGGAAGGGACCCAGGGGUCGUCCCAGGCGGCGCCUGAGGAGGCUGGCCCGAAACCCACGGACCAAGAAGCCAUGCAGCUCCCCAAGGUCUCCAGCAAGGGUGUCUCUAAGAAAUGCCUGAUCCUGAGCCCAAUGCCUGUGGCGGAGCGCGCCAUCCUGCCCGCACUGAAGCAGACCCUCAAGAACAACUUUGCCGAACGGCAGAAGAGGCUGCAGGUGGUGCAGAGCCGACGGCUGCACCGCUCCAUGCUCUGAGGGCCUCCUGCAGUCCUUGCAGCGGCCUGCAGCCAGGCCUGGGCCACAGCUGGGAACACUAACCCUCUCUAGGCAGCAUUCCAAAAGAGUUCUAAUUCCACAUGAACCAAACCACAGCAGAUAAAGUCCUUGGUCUCAGAACUGAGAAACUUUAUUUUCUUGCUCAGUAUUUUGUUAUUCUGCAUUUACACAAAAACAUGUUAAAAGUAUUACUCC